CGCUCUCUCUCGCCCAUUACAUAUAGAGCCUUUCACAGCUCAAUAUUCCUCCUCAGAUCCCCACUGCUCUCUCUCUCUCUCUCUCUCUCUGAGACCCAAGUCGCACAACUGAGAGAAAUGGCGGAGCAAGAGCAGUGCGUGCGGGUCACUCGCGCUAUGAAAAGGAGGGCGGCGGUUGCCGGGGCCGAGGACCAGUCGGCUCUCAAGAAGCGCGUGGUGUUGGGGGAGCUACGGAACUUGUCGAACGUUGUCGUUCCGGAGAAUCAGAAUGCCGGGGUGGAGCCGCUGAAGCCGAAAUGUAAAUCGAAGGCGAAGGCUAAGAACAAGGGGCUGGCAACAACCGCUGUGAAGGCGACAAAGGAGAUUGACACGGCGUCGGGCGGUGAUGGGAAGUCGGAUGAUCCGCAACUGUGUCGAGCUUAUGCUUCUGACAUUUAUGAGUAUCUUCGCAAAACUGAGAUGGAGCCAAAGAGAAGGCCGUUACCUGACUACCUAGAGAAGGUUCAGAAGGGUGUGACCGCUAAUAUGAGGGGAAUAUUGGUGGAUUGGUUGGUUGAGGUUGCAGAGGAAUACAAGCUUCUUCCAGAUACUCUGUAUCUCUCCAUUUCAUACGUUGAUAGAUUCCUAUCCUUGGACGUGGUCAAUAAGCAGAAACUUCAAUUGCUGGGAGUUUCUUCGAUGCUCAUUGCCUCGAAGUACGAAGAGAUUAGCCCUCCAGACGUGGCUGAUUUUUGUAGCAUAACAGAUAAUACAUACAAUAAAAAGGAGGUGGUGAAGAUGGAAGCUGAUAUUCUCAAGAUGCUGAAGUUUGAAAUGGGCAAUCCUACUUUAAAGACAUUUCUAAGAAGUUUCACUAGUGUUGCUCAAGAGAAUUACAAUCCCAAUUUGCAGUUGGAGUUCCUGGGCUAUUAUCUGGCAGAGUUGAGCUUGUUAGAUUACAAGUGUGUGAAAUUUCUACCUUCCUUGGUGGCUGCAUCAGUCAUUUUUCUUGCAAAAAUCAUGAUCCAACCAAAGAUGCAUCCUUGGUGCCCAGCAUUGGAAAAAUAUUGCGGAUAUAAAGCAGCUGAUUUAAAGGAAUGUGUUCUUAUCAUUCAUGACUUGUUUAAUAGUAAAAGAGGAGGUUCUCUGCAAGCUAUAAGAGAGAAAUACAAGCACCAUAAGUUCAAAAAUGUGGCAGCUAUUCCUUCUCAAGAAAUACCAGCUUCUUACUUUGAAGAUCUAAAAGAAUGACAGAUUGGACUUGGGUUUAACUAUGGAUAUCCUAGUAGUAAAAGAUUUUGAGUGUGGGCUAAUAUUGAUUGAUGGAAGAGUUCUGUGGGAUAUAUUAAUUCUCAUGAAGGAGGGCAACAUUCUUUUGGAUGAAUACAUGGUAGCAGGUUCUGGGAUGGCUAAAUUCCUGGUGGAGGGGGUGACCAGAUUCUGACUACACAUGGAUCACUAGGGAUACAUUGCAGCAGCUUCAUCAUAACCUAUUGGAGUACUACUAGAGCCGUCAGCAGCCGCACUCGACAGGGUCGAACACUGAUGUUGGCGGCCAGCCGGCCCAGUCUAUGACUUUGUGGUGGGGUGAUUGAGAGUUGCUUCUUCUAAUUGUUAUUAGAGCUAUUUAACUGGAAGAAUCCUAACCAUGAGGGUUUGAAACUUUGAAGGAAGCAUUAAGCCUUGGCAGAUGGAUGAAAGCUUUCUCAUAGCCAACACAAGCAGAAUAUGACAAAUGUGGAUUGCCUUGUGUUACAACAUUAAAAUUUUCACCUUUAACUGGAAACUGUUUGGGGCAGCAAUCAAAGGUCUCUGACUGUGGAUACCAUGUAUCAACCAUGGGCAAUGAUGUCCCUGGAAAUUCCGACAGCCAUGGAUGGUUGAAGCUUGAAGAUUUAGUUAGGCAGAUAGUGUUGAUGAGUGAAUUUCCAUGCUUGAGCUGUUGAGCACUAACUCAAAUGUUCUAGAUCCGAUCAUGCCAUUAACAUAGUUUAGUCCCUACACUUUGUAUAUUAUUCAACCAACUAGUUUCACAUGUUUUAGUGCUACAAUUUAUACCAUUCAAAUUUGGUCA